UGUCAUGUCACAUAUAUGAGAAAAUUGAAUCAGUGAGUGAUUUUUAACAGGUAAACACAGCUUGUCUAUCAUCUUGAAUAUAUUUACAAAGUAAAACAUAACUUGUUCAGACAAAUAAUCUAAAUACUCUAUUUUAUUUUCAUUUUAUAUUUUAUUCUGCAGUCAGUAAACACACUUAUUUUCAUAUCAUCAUUUGUAAAAUGGGAAUUUUUCUAUGGAUACAUUCCAUAUGAUGAAUAGGAGAGAUAUAAAUUCAUCCUAAAGACAGUCCAGAUAAUUCUAUUGUAUUUAGUAUUGUCAUUUUGCUUUCUCUUAAAGGGCAGUCAACAUUAUUACAUGAACGUUUCAGAUGUCAUCUGCUUUGAUAUUUUGGUUUCAGCCAUGAAAGCAGAAAAUCAAAGUUUUGGGACAGAUUUUCUACUUGUUGGUCUUUUCCAAUACGACUGGACAAACUCUCUGCUCUUUGUCAUCAUUGCCACCCUCUUUACAGUUGCUCUGACAGGAAAUAUCAUGCUGAUUCACCUCAUUCGGUUGGACACCAGACUCCACACUCCAAUGUACUUUCUGCUCAGUCAACUCUCCAUCAUUGACCUCAUGUACAUCUCCACCACUGUGCCCAAGAUGGCGGUCAACUUCCUCUCACAGAGUAAGACCAUUACAUUUAUGGGCUGUGAGAUUCAAGCGUAUGUGUUCUUGGCCCUUGGUGGAACUGAAGCCCUUCUCCUUGGUUUUAUGUCUUAUGAUCGCUAUGUAGCUAUCUGUCAUCCUUUACAUUAUUCUAUACUUAUGAGCAAGAAGAUCUGCUGUCUCAUGGUUGCAUGUGCAUGGGCCAGUGGUUCUAUCAACGCUUUCAUACAUACAAUGUAUGUGUUUCAACUUCCAUUCUGUAGGUCUCGGCUCAUUAACCACUUUUUCUGUGAAGUUCCAGCUCUACUGUCAUUGGUGUGUCAGGACACCUCCCAUUAUGAGUAUACAGUCCUCCUGAGUGGACUUAUUAUCCUGCUGCUACCAUUCCUGGCCAUUCUGGCUUCCUAUGCUCGUGUGCUUAUUGUGGUAUUCCAGAUGAGCUCGGGAAAAGGACAGGCAAAAGCUGUUUCCACUUGUUCCUCCCACCUGAUUGUGGCAAGCCUGUUCUAUGCAACCACUCUUGCUACCUACACGAAGCCACACUCCUUGCGUUCCCCUACACGGGACAAGGUGGUGGCAGUAUUUUACACCAUCAUCACACCGCUACUGAACCCAUUUAUCUAUAGCCUGCGAAAUAAGGAAGUCACAGGGGCAAUGAGAAGACUGUUGGGAUAAUGGAUAUGCCAUAGAAAAUAUGACUUCAGAGUCUUGUAUUGAUUGAGCAUUAACAACAUUAAAAGCUAUUCCUGAAAACGAUCUGGAAAGAUGUAAAUAAAUGUUUUCUGUAUAGAAGUCGCAAAAACAAUGUUUAUCACACUUGUUUAACUUCUAAAGCAGUAGAAUUCAGCCUUCUCAACCCAGUGUUACCCUGGCAUUUUAAUAUUUUGACUUGCCCUCUUGAAUAUCUGAAAUGUGAACCAUGAAAAUAAAAUCUACCCAAACAUUUAACAUCAAGAUAAUCUAUAUAACAACCAAAGUUAAUAGAGAGAAAAAUGCAGAAUACAUUCAUUCAUUCAUGCACUCAGGUGUUUCAAUGCCUUAAUUUUGUAUGUGACACUGUUACAGGGACUGGUCUUGUGAGAGUAAAUAAAAUAAAAGCUGACAGAAAUCUCUGCUGAUCAGCAACCUUAAUUCUGUCUGCCACCUUAGUUUCCCUUUGCCAUAGAAGCUGACAUAUUCACAGUUGCUAGAGGUUAGGACAUGUGGACCUCUUUGGUGGGCCAUUUUUCUCUCUAUGUGUUUAAUGUUUUGUGCAAUGGUAUAUGUUUAACAGAAGAACACCAAGGCCAACUCCUAGCAACACUGAGGCCCAACCGAUACCACCUGGUCAUCCCUGAAUUGCAGGAAUGGCUUUCCCCAGGUGAAUAAUACUCAACUGAAGAAUCUUUAAUUUCUUCACUUAGACCAUGUGUACCUUUCUGAACAUGUGUUUCCUUUGGAUUUGUUUUCCUAUCAUGAUUUCAUUUUAUUUUAUCCAUCUAUGUACUUCAAUAACAUUUAAAAUAUAAUUACUUCAAUAACACAUUUUAAUUUAGUACUAAGAAUUAUGAAAACCAGGAUUUCAGUGAUUGAUGGUAUGCUAUUGCAUUAUGUAACAAAGAGUGCUCCCUAGUUAUGCUUUUAGAUGUUCACUAGGAGGGUAACAACAUCACAUCCUAAACACUUUUCAGUAACCAAGUGCUACGCAAACUCAGAAAGCAUAUUUUUCUAAUUAACAUAAACACACAAAAACGUUAUUCAAUGGUUUAAGCAAGUACCAUUGUGUUAUCCUCAUUAUACAGACCGAGACCAAAGUUUAUGGUGGUUAAGAACUCCAUGAACAACUCACUGGUCAAUAGACAAAUCCUGACAUGAACUCAUAUUGCCUGAUUCUCAGAUUCCUCCCAAAUUAAUGACUCUUUUAGAUUUAAUAAUUCGGAACAGUGUAAAAAAAUUCUUUUUAGUAAAAAUUAUGUUUACUCGCUA